GUGACGUCAGCCUUGCCGGCUGCAAUGCUCCCGCUUUUUUUCGCCUUUUUAACAUGUUGUCAUCAAUCUUUUAAUUAUUUUCAUCUUUUUGCCCUUAUUUAAGAAAAGACACGUUCUGACCUUCGCUUUUUACUGAACCUGAGGUCAAUUUCUAUUGCAUUUAACUGCAAUUUCGUCGCGAGUUGUCUAAAUCCGCGCUGAAAUGGAAGAUUCCCAACUUCACAUCGUUCAUUCUUGGAAAACUCGUUUUGUGGAAGACAACCACGAGCACUGCGUUUCAAAGCUGAAGGAGCACGAAACAUGGAAACAGGUGCACUUUUAUUCUGCUCCCCACUCGCACCACUACUCAAAUGGCCAACUGGUUAGAAUUCAGGGCAUGAUUCAGGAUAUGCACAACCCCGAGUUCUACAUGUCCAAGUACACCGUCCGCAACAAAGUGACCGGCACCCGUCAAAUGCAUUCUGGAAAAUACAAAGAUGUCCUGCAAGUGGAGAGUGACGAGGAAAUUGAAUUUCAUGACGACAGAGAGUUUUCCAAAGAGAGACAGAGCCUCUUUUGCAUUCCGAUUCCUGCCUUGAACGAGUGGGUCAAAGAUUUGCACAAGCAAAACUUGGUCCUUCCAGAGUCCAAGGAGGGUUCGGACGCUGACAGAAGAGGCCUGAAAAGGAGUGCAGAGGAGAAUGAGGACGAAAACAUGGAUGUUGAAGACUCCGCUGGCAAAAACAAGAAACAGGAAACUGAGAAGGCAGCUGGAGGUGGUCAGGCCACGACAACACUGGAAAGCAUUCAGAACUUCAGCUUUCCGAUCCAAGACUGCGAGGGACAUUCCUUCAUUUUAAAGGUUUAUGAUUCUGAGGAUUCAAUUAAACUCAACUCGAUGGUCGAAGUUGUUGGCUUCUUGUCUACGGACCCUGCCCUCACCUGUUUAGAUGGGGGGGAAAUGGACAAUGAUCGCAACGCAGAGCAUCCUCCCCCUUCACUCGUACCACGUCUGCAUGUGCUCGGCAUCAACAUUUUAGAGCACUGCAACCCUCUCCUUCCCUCAUUCAACUUCAAGACAGAGGCGCAAAAAGCAUUUGAGUUAGCGAAUGAUGUUCUGCUCGACCUGAGGAUUAUUUUCACCCCUCUGCUUUUUGGUGACAAAUUGGCUGUUGAUUUCUUCAUUUGCUUUCUCCUCUCAAAAGUAUUUGCCCGGAAAGACGUUACGAAUGUGGGGAAUCUUUCUGUGAACUUCCACGAGUUGCCAAAUUUGACGGAUUACACAACCAGAUUUUAUCAAAUUUUGGAGAAAAUUGUCACCAAGUCUCACUACUUCCCUUUGACCAUCGAAGGGCUGAACUCAAAACCAUUCACACCCAAGAAAGACUACACAUCAAAUAAGCUAAGAAGUGGCCUCUUGCAAAUGUCGCAAGGAACUCUCCUGGUGUUUGACGAAACUAAAUUGAAUGUUGGGCAGCUCCAGGAUUUAGGAACGAGAAAUGUCCUUGCUCUCAGAGGAUUGCUGGAAAGGCAGGAGGUGCUCUACGACUUCCAAUAUUACAACACUCCUUUCCACACAGACCUGCCUAUAUUGAUUUUUUCUGAGAAGAAAUCUUUGUUUCCUUGUGACGCCAGAAUUCCUUUGGAGUGCGAUCCCGAAGCAUUGAAAGUCAUCAACAGCUCUUUCGAGGCAGCCAAUUUGUACCUCAAAAAGGAAGAAGUUCUCACCAGGAUCAGAACUUUCCUCACAGCUGCCCAAUUGGCAGACUAUGAAAUUGCUGAUGAAGCACAAACGAAAAUUCAAGAACAUUUUGUGGAAAUGCGUCAGAAGGACAAAAAUUUCACUGGUGACGAUUUGCACAUGAUUUUGAAUUUGGCCAGAUUGGUCACUCUAAGCUCUGGGCAACAUGUGUUGACUGUGGAAAUUUGGAAGCAGGCUUGCGACAUGGAGGGAGCAAGAAGAGCCCGUCUGUGAGUCAAAUUCAAAGUAUGUCAAUCCUAAAAUUAAAUCUUGCAACUCAC